UUUUUCUAACUUUACCUCUACUUUCAGAAACUUAAGUGGGUGAUCUGGUCUAAUUUGUAGUCUACUGAAAGUAGUAGGUAAAGAAAGGGGAAAGAAAACGUGGGAAGACUAACAUCACCGCUAAAGUCCAUCAAAAGAAGAAGAAAAAAUUACAAAAAAAAAAAUAAAUCAAUUUUCAAUAGUCCAUCAAAAUAACUAGCAACAUAAAGACUUUGAUCAGUCAAGCCGGUGGUGAGUUCAGUUUGGAUCUUAUAUGUACCUGUGUGCAAUCAGAUAAUACAGUCAGAAGCCUCUCCCUUAUCAAUCACUCAGACAGAACUGAUCUUGUUGGUUGAUACAAAGGACAAGAACCGGCCAUCAGGUUAUGGAAAUUACUGGACCUGAAGAACAGCAUCCUUCCUAUAAUCGGCCGAAAGAACUGAAGGCUUUUGAAGAAUCAAAAGCUGGUGUGAAAGGAAUAGUGGAUGCUGGAAUUGUAAAGAUCCCUCAAUGUUCGUUCGACCACUGGAUGAGCUCACUGAAGAGUUGGAUCAUAUUGAAGAUGAACACAGCAAUUUUGAGAUUCCUGUGAUUGAUAUGAAAAACGUGGAUUCAGAUGACCAUCACCAACGCAAGGAAAUUACUGAUCAAGUUCGACGUGCAUCGGGGACUUGGGGUUUCUUUCGAUUGGUGAAUCAUGGAAUUCCUUUAACUGUAACAGAUGAGAUAAUUAAAGGUAUCAAAAGAUUUCAUGAGCAAGAUACAGAGAUUAAGAAAAAAAUUUACUCAAAUGAUCCCAAAACAGGAUGCACGUUUCAUACGAAUUUCGAUCUCUAUGUAUCAAAAUAUGCUAACUGGAGAGACAGUCUAAGAUGUAACCUAUUAUCUCCAGAUCCUCUUGAUCAUCAAAAAUUGCCAGACACUUGCAGAGAUAUAAUAGUCGAGUAUUGGAAGCAUAUUAUGAAGUUGGCAAAUACAGUUACUGGGUUGUUAUCGGAAGCUCUAGGAUUAGAACAAGACCACCUUAAAAGGAUUUUUACUGAUUUCUUGGUACUUAGUGGUCAUUACUAUCCAGCAUGCCCUGAACCUGAACUAACCUUAGGGACAAGUAAGCAUUCAGACCCGAGUUUCUUUACCCUUCUUCUACAAGAUCAUAUCGGCGGACUACAAAUUCUGCAUCAGAAUCAGUGGGUUACUGUAAAACCCAUCCCGGGAACUCUAAUAGUAAACAUUGGAGAUCUUCUUCAGCUUAUCAGCAAUAACAAGUUCAAAAGCGCUGAACACAGGGUACUAGCCAAUCGCAAUGGACCAAGAGUAUCAGUGGCAUGUUUUCUGAAUACAAAAUCCAGUGACAACACAAAGAUUUAUGGUCCUUUGAAAGAGAUACUAUCAGAGGAGAAUCCCCCUAUUUACAAAAAUAUUACGAUGAAAGAAUACAUUGAGCAUUACGUUAAGAAAGGACUUGGCGGUGUUUCCGCCCUGGAUCACUUUAAGUUGUCUAGUAAUUAGUUGAUGCAGCUUAUGGGUGUCUGGUUUUCUUUCUUGGGGUUUGUUGUAAGUGUCCACGUUUGUUCAAGUGAACGUUUAGUUUCGUGUUAUGCAAUUAUAAAGUAGCAUUUUUCUUUUUCCAGAA